AUGUCUGCCCCCGCUGCUUUCUCCGACAUCGCCAAGGCGGCCAACGAUCUCCUGAACAAGGACUUCUACCACGCCGCUGCCGCCAACCUUGAGGUCAAGUCCAAGGCCCCUAACGGUGUCACCUUCACCGUCAAGGGCAAGUCCGCCCACGAGGGUCCCAUUGCUGGCCAGCUUGAGGCCAAAUACGUCGAUGCGCCCACCGGCCUCACCCUGACCCAGGCUUGGACCACCGCCAACGCUCUCGACACCAAGCUCGAGCUCGACAACAACAUCGCCAAGGGCCUCAAGGCUGAGAUCCUCACCCAGUACCAGCCCGCUAAGCAGUCCAAGGGUGCCAAGCUCAACCUCUACUUCAAGCAGCCCAACUUGAACGCCCGUGCCUUCUUCGACCUUCUGAACGGCCCCUCCGCCAACUUCGACGCCGUUCUCGGCCAUGAGGGCUUCCUCGUCGGUGCUGAGGGUGGUUACGACGUCAACAAGGCCGCCAUCACCAAGUACUCUGCUGCCGUCGGCUACAGCGUUGCCCAGUACUCCGCUGCCAUCACCGCCAGCAACAACCUCUCCCUCUUCUCUGCCAGCUACUACCACCGCGUCAACGCUCAGGUUGAGGCCGGUGCCAAGGCCUCCUGGGACUCAACCUCCGGCAACGCUGUCGGCCUUGAGGUUGCCUCCAAGUACCGCCUCGACCCCUCUUCCUUCGCCAAGGCCAAGAUCAACGACCGUGGUAUUGCCGCUCUGGCUUACAACGUUCUCCUCCGCCCUGGUGUCACCCUCGGCCUCGGUGCCUCCUUCGAUACCCAGAACCUCAACCAGGCUGCCCACAAGGUCGGCGCCAGCUUCACCUUCGAGGCUUAA